AUGCGCACAUGCAGUUUUGAUGGAGGAAAGAAAAGCGAAAAGAAGAUCCGUAAAACAACCCCAGGGUUUCUCUUGUCCAAGAGAGGAUUUGAUAAGCAAAUUACCCGACGCUUUGAUAACUCAGAUACUCUUGUAUCUCCCGACAAGUUCCUAAAUUUUUCUAGGGAACACAAGUCAUGCUUGCACAAGCUCAAGCUAAGGAUUCACAAGGGUGAGCCUGAUCGGUCUUGCGUCACACGUUGGAUAAACUUUGUGUCAAGGCGUAAACUUAAGCAUCUUGAUGUUGAAUGUCUUCUUAUGGAGCCUAAGUUUGAAGUGAUGCCCUUAAGCCUUUAUAUAUGUGAGACACUUCUUAACCUACGGCUUCAUCGGGUAUCAUUUGGUAGGUUUGAGUCUAUUUCAUUACCUCGUCUCAGAACUAUGCGUUUAGAACAAAAUACAUAUGCCAAUGAGGAGGUUCUAGAGUCGUUUAUCUUAUCUUGCCCUGUUCUUGAAGAUUUGAGCAUUGUUAGAAGGGUACAUGAUAAUGUAAAAGUUUUACGAGUUCACUCUCAAACACUAACCCGUCUCAGUGUAGGCUUUUUUAUUGGUGAGAAUGUUGUAGCAGUGCAUAGUUAUUCUAAAGAAGAAACAGGGCUUUGGAUUGAUGCCCCUAGACUCAAGUAUCUGUAUUUCGAAAAUGAAAUAUCAAAGAGUAAAACCAUAAGCAAUACGGGUUCCUUAGUUAAGGGCAGUUUUGUUGACUCCUGUAGUAGAGGUUCGUAUCCUUCUGAUUGGUUCGACUUAUCAAAGCAACAAGUUGUCCGUAAUUUUUUCACUGGUAUCUCCAAAGCUAGGGAUAUCAUGAUCUUCUCUAAGAGAAUUAUGGAGUUAAUCUCUGCCUACUUGCAAGUACAACCAAUGCCCCAGUUUUGCAACCUGUCCUGUUUGGAAGCAGAGUUUUCUCACAACCUGUCCUGUUUGAGAAUUCUGUCAACCUUUCUUGAAAGCUGUCCGAAUCUAACAUCCAUCGUCUUGGUGAUAACUUGCACUAACCUUGAGUUUUAA